UGCACGUCAAACGUGGUACCAUGUGUUGUUUCAUUGCUGUCAUCCCCGUCUGUUGCGUACACGAAGGCACUUUUAUUCCAUUCUUCGUGGCAUCACAGUCGUGCUCUUCACGAGGGAGCUUGUUCGUUGUCACUCAAACGUAUCCCCCUUUGUAUUCACGCUUUCAUCAACCAUUUUCAGUCACAUCCACAGAGCCCUUUCCGGCUUCAUAAUGAUUUCUUUGGGACACUAUGCCAUCGCCAGCGUCAGAAGAGACUCGCAAAGCGGUACAGAGUCGUAUUCAGGGUCUUUUAACGGGACAGCAUUCGCGACAUCCCGAACUAAGCAAUCUUAGCACAGGACGUCUUAUAUUAGAAGGCGUAGUCGAAGGAGUCAAGGUUUACCGACUGCACAAGGAAGAGGAAGCGAGGAAAGCCGGAGAACACUCUAAAGCAAAGGAAAAGAUGACCUCUGCUGCCUUCAAGGGCUUAUACAAGAAGCCCCAGCAAGACCAUCGCGGAAGGCAUCGAAGCAGGUCGCGCGAGAGUGAGCAUGGCCGGGCGCAUGAAGGGCAUCGAGGGCGACAUCGCAGCACUUCGCGUGGACGGCAUGGCAGAAGCUCGCGCGAUGAUGACCAAGAGAGCCACGCAACCGGCAGCCUGGUCAGCGGCGCUACGAACCGCAAUAACCAAGACCCGCACUACAUGAUGGCCGGCGGUGCCGGACCUGCAGGAACUGCGCCUCCAGAUUCUCAAUAUAGAUCACCUCGCUCCCACCAUGGUAGCCACCAACGUUCCAGCUCCGAACCUCCGGCACGGAAAAGAUCACGUCGCAGGCAAAGGUACGGUGCCGAUGGGAGGCCUCUUGUCCUGGGUAGUAGGGGCUGGCGAGACGCUAAGCUGGGACCGCCUCCGAAGUACAAGUUCAAGUGGGGGCUGACAUUUGGCUUCGGGACCCACGUCAAGAAUAUGACGAAAUACCUUGAAGAAGAGAAGGUGCUCAAGGCAAGAAGGGCGGAGAGGAGGGCAAGGGGCACAUUAGAUGAGAGGAGAGAGGGGAGGCGGAAGAGGAGGGCUGAGGAGAAGGAUGAGGAAAAGGAGAUUGAAGGGAGAGAUAGAAAUAGGGAGGGGCACGGAGAAAGAGAUGAAGCUCAUAGGUCACAUGGUUCAGAACACGGCGGCUCUCAGCGUAGGGAAAGAAGCGAAGCUAGCAGCCCACCACACUCUGGCAAUUACGGUUCGCGACGCAGAGGAAGAAGUCCACCUCAAAGACCACCUCCUACUGCACCACGCUCCGAUAAUGGCAGUUCUCGACGCAGAAAUGCUCAGAGCGAAGAGUACCAGCCCACUCCACAAAGUCGAGAAAGCAGAGGAGGUGGAGCGAAUGAAGAAAGAAAAGCUAAAGCAGAGGCGAAAGCGAGGUCUCGUGGAGAGCAACUCGCCAGAAGCGAAGCUCGAGCAAGAAGCCCAUCCGUAUCUCAUCACGACCCGCACGCGCAUGCACACUUCGAGGACGACCCAAGAGUAAGGGACUUCGCCGUAUCAGACCAGGCUUCUGUGAGGCAUGCGAGCCCAAACCAUCAAGCUUACAGGGAAACACGGCACAGCCGAGAAGUAGAAGACGAAGAACGUGCUCAAGCCCAAAGCGAUUUUGGCGACCAGACUACUCAGGGCAAGGAUGCGUUAAGUUCGCGAGGCCCACCCCACGCAUCUGAAAGUGACGAGUCCGACGUUAUCAACAGGGACGCCGACCACGCGCAAGAUCGCAACAACACCGCAUCCACCAUGGUAACGGAUUGGUGGUCCAAUCGCCCUGACACGCCUUCAGACGACGAGUCCAUCGUUGUGAACAGGGAUGCCGAUCACGCACAAGAUCAAAACAACACUGCAUCGACCAUGGUGACAGACUGGUGGUCGAACCGCAGUGACACGCCGUCCGACCGAGGUGAGCAAGACGACACGGGCUACUUCUCCGAUGGCUUGGUCGAGGAGCUCAGAAGACGGACUGGGUCGGGGUCCGGCUCUGCAACACCAAGACCAGCCGGCUCGAGCGGAGGGGCACCACUGAAUCGGUAG